AUUGAAAGACAGAGAGGACUUUAAUUUUGCUCUGGCGGCGUGACGUCAUAAGACUGCGAUUUCCCGUGUCUGUUGUGAAUCGGCUCAAGAAAGAGAAAGUCCUGCUGAAGAGACUGAGAUCCUCGUGACACACUGAUAUAAAGAUGGCGUUUAUUAAAGAGGAGAGUGAAGACAUCAGAAUUGAAGAAGUGUUCAGUCUGAAACAAGAAGAGACGGAGGAACAAAUAGGCCAAGAUCUGAAUGCAAUGGAACAGACAGAUCAGUAUGAGAAUCUCCAUGAUUUACUAAUUGGUGAAAAAACUACAAAGACUAAAAUGGCUUCAAUACGAAAAAGAGCUCAGAAAACCAAAUCUAACAGCCAUUUCACCUGCCAUCACUGUGGAAGGAGUUUCAAAGAAAAACAAAAUCUACAAACGCACAUGAGAAUUCACACUGGAGAGAGACCAUUCACCUGUCAACAGUGUGGAAAAAACUUCGCUCAACAAGGAUCCCUCAAAAAUCACAUGAGAACUCACACAGGAGAGAAGCCUUACACAUGCCAACAGUGUGGAAAAAGUUUCACUCAAAAUGCAUCCCUUAUAUAUCACAUGAGAACUCACUCGGGAGAGAAGCCUUACACCUGCCAACAGUGUGGAAACAGUUUCACUCAAAAAUCAUACCUUCAAAGUCACAUGACAACUCACUCGGGAGAGAAGCCUUUCACCUGUCAGCAGUGUGGAAAGAGUUAUACACAGAAAAGCACCCUUCAUACCCACAUGAGCAUUCACACUGGAGAGAAGCCUUAUACAUGUGAGCAGUGUGGAAAGAGUUUCCCUGGAAAACAAAAGCUUAAAGUCCACAUGAGAGUUCACACUCAAGAGAAGCCUUACUCUUGCAAGUAUUGUGGGAAGGGUUUCACACAUGCAUGCUCCCGUUAUUACCACAUGAGAGUUCACACUGGACCAAAGCUGUUCACAUGUGAUCGUUGUGGAAAGACCCUCACAACAGAAUUUAGCCUUAAGUGUCACAAGAUGAUUCACACUGGAAAGAAACCCUUCAAAUGUGAUCAGUGUGGAAGGUGUUUCAUACGUAAGGCAAAACUUAGUUGCCACAUGAAGACUCAUUCGGCAGAGGAAUGCUGUAAAUGUGCUCAGUGUGAAAAGAGUUUCAGGAGUAAACGUAGUCUAAAUGCUCACAUUAAAAAACAACACACCCGAGAGGAGCCUGUGGGAAGAGCUUCUCACAAUUAAUCUUAAGAUUCACUUGAAAUGUGUGUGGAAUCAUGAAGAAACCCACAUGAGAUUUCACUUAGGAGAGAACUAUUAUGCCAUCAUUGCAAAGUGUUUCUCAGUCAGAGGAAACCUGAAGAUUCACAGAGGAGUUCAGACUGGAGAGAGAACUUUCAAGAUCAUUCUGGAAAUAAAGUGUGACUUUGACGAGGUUUACCAAAAGAAGCAAUUUAAAAAAUCCCCAGCAUAUUCACUCUGGAGAAAGGCCUGUUAACUUUGAUCAAUGUAAUACAUUUGACAUUACACCUGAUAGAUACAUUUUUGUGUUUUGUGGAGAAAGUUUUAAAUAGCCCUGCAUUUUAAGAGAGCAUAAGAAAAUAUGUAUAUGUUUGAAAUUACCCUUACUAAAAUCAACCAUGGUUUUACUACAAAUAAAACCA